GAGACGCAAAAUAGACGGGUUACGAUAAGCAAGCCAACUUCAUGCCUAUUGGCCUAUUAUAUAGAACAUAAAUAAAGCAAGUGAACAGAAGGUAUUUUUUUUUAUUGUGUUUUCAUUCAUUGCAAAAACCAGAUUACGACUCAGAUGUGCGAAACGUGAAAAAUGUAUCCGUGGUGUGUAUGAUGUUGCAGAGCAUCGUAAAAAUUGGACGACGAAAAACAGUAUCAGACAGAAAAUAGUAGUUAGUAAUAAAUUGAGUGGAAAGUUGUGCAAAAAUAGAGGAAGAAAGAAAAAGAAGAAACAAAUUGUCCUAGUUCCAGUGUUAGAAAAAGGGCCUGUAACAAAGAGCAGCUAACAAAAAGUUCAAGCGAGGUGAAGCGAACGUUUGCUCAAAAUUUUAUCGACCGAUUCGGAAUCGGAAACGAUUUUUUGUUGUUGUGUGAGCGAGCGAGAGAGAGAGAGAGAGAGAUUUGCGGAACACACGGAGGGAGAUCAGAAGCAGUACUCCAUGUGUUAAGUGAAGGUCAUCCGACAUAAUAAAAAGAAAUGGCUAAGAAUGAUUAUCAGGCGCUAGCCGAAGUAUCAAAUCCGUUCGUUGAAAAUUCUAGUCAAUCGCGUCAUGAGUCCGUUGGCAUCGACGAAACCACCACCGACACCGAAAACGAAGAUGGACAUCGCGAUAAUGGUAUCAUUAUACACGUGGUACCCGAUACGGGCAAAGCACGAUGGAAUCAUAUCGAAGAUUUAGACUCGUUUUUCACACGAAUGUAUUUUUACCACCAAAAACACGGCUUCACCGUCAUGAUGCUCAACUAUAUUUUUGAUCUUGUGAUUUUUGCAUUUGUUGUGUGGUUCGUCACAACUGUCAUUUUUUGCGUUGAUUACACAGUACUUGACGGAAACCACACCCGGAUUACAAUUUAUGAAGCAAUUUUGCCGCAAGGAGAGUGCAUCAAUGCAAUUACUCUUAGCGGAUGGCUUGUCAUUUUCUUAUCGGGCCUCUUCUGGAUCUUCCGUUUGAUACGAUUUUUUUAUCACGCCGUGCAAUACUACGAUAUUAAGAAAUUCUUCAAUACUGCGCUUAAAAUUGAUGAUAGUGAAUUGGGCAAUUAUACGUGGCAUGAUGUGCAACGGCGAAUACGUGAGGUGCAAAUGGAGCAACAAAUGUGCAUCCACAAAGAGCACCUUACCGAAUUGGAUAUUUAUCAUCGAAUUUUGAGGUUCAAGAAUUACAUGGUAGCUAUGAUGAAUAAGAAUCUCAUUCAGACGACCAUCAAUUUGCCUUUGGCGGGUGAGACAAAUUUUUUCAGCAAAAGUCUACGAUUCAAUUUGGAGCUGAUAUUUUUCCGAAGCCCAUGGUCAGUGUUCGAUAAUUGGCAUCUAAAGGAACAAUACAAACGUUCGACCAAUCGAACUGAGCUGUCCCAGCAGCUGUCGAAGUACAUUUUCUACGCUGGUCUCAUUAAUUUGAUCUUUGCUCCAGUGAUAUUUUUGUUUGCGACGAUUUUCUGCAUUUUCAGUUACGGUGAUUUGGUAAAACGAGAUCCGGGUGUGUUAGGUAUUCGGUGCUGGUCGCAAUAUGGUAUGCUCUACAUGAGACACUUCAAUGAAUUGGACCAUGAGUUGCAAGCCCGUCUGAAUCGAGCCUAUAAGCCAGCCGUCAAGUACAUGGAAUCAUUUUCAUCUCCAAUGGGAGCCGUUAUCGCUAGAAAACUCUCGUUUCUAUUCGGCGGUGUGUCAACAAUGAUUUUCCUAUUUUUCAUGUUUGUCGACGAGGACAUCGCUCAUAUUGAGCACAUCUUUCAAGUGGUGUCUAUACUCACACUUUUGGCCAUUGUGUCAAGAGUAUUGAUUCCCGACGAAAAUCUUAUAUUUUGUCCGGAGCAAUUGAUGACAGCAGUUUUGGCUCACACUCACUAUUUACCGGUGGCUUGGAAAGGAUUGGCCCAUACCAGUCAUGUGCGAAGCCAAUUCGGUCAAUUUUUCCAGUUGCGUGUGUUUUAUCUAAUCUCCGAAUUGCUGAGCCCGAUAACAACACCGUUCAUACUGCUAUUUUAUAUUCGACCCAAAGCAUUGGAUUACGUGGAUUUCUUCCGCAACUUUACGGUUUCUGUUGUUGGUGUGGGUGAUGUGUGCUCGUUUGCUCAGAUGGACGUUCGUAAACACGGCAAUUCGGAAUGGCAACCAACGCACAGUACUGAAGGUGAUUUAACCGAAGGUGCUACCGCCCCAGUGUGUGAAACAAAUAAGUACACUCAGGGUGAACAUGGAAAAACGGAACUGUCGUUGGUUCAUUUCACAUUGACCAAUCCGGAAUGGAAAAUGCCGUCGGAUGCACAUAAUUUCAUGAAUGGAUUGAAGCGACAUGCUCAACAGGACUUCAAUCGAACUCGCCAGACGGGAGUUAUGAACACUGCGAUGGGACAGAGCCUGUUUUCGGUGGGCAAUCUUGGUGGUCAGUACUCAUCAAUUGUUGACUCCUUGAUAAUGCCUCAGCGAUACGAUGCAUUCAACAUGGGUAUGUCUCAAUUCUCGCCCGGGUUCCGUAAUUCAAUCCACGUAUCACAUCACCCAGAUGCCGAUAUGCCAUCACACGCUUACGACUUCAAUCGAAUGCUUCAGCAGCACUUGUCCGACGGUGCAUCCAUGGCAUAUCGCAGUAAUUUGCAAAAUAUUCAAGAGAAUGAGCAGGACGAGAAUGCAGAAAAUCCACCAAUGCCCGAAGAAUCGCCAGGGCAUAGGCUUGCCUCAUCGGCGAUGACAUCAAGUGUGCUCAGAGGAGCUUCACACCGUGAAGGUCCGAUGAAUGCAUCACACGACCGUAGCCUAUUCCACAGCCUCUAUGGGCAAACGGGCGGCUACGAACCAGUGUCUAGUGAUCUUACCACAGCUGAUAUGUGCUUAAGUACCUUGUACCUACAUGAAUUGUUCCACCGGCAAAAUCGUCGACGAAGUGGCUCUUCGAUCCGUGUGCCACCAACAAGUCAACAGCAACACCUAUGGCAAUUGCCGCAUCGAGACGGUUCACAAAUGCCAUCACAAAGCCAUACACGAUCAACCGCAUAUCCUGAAAAUGUACGACCAGCAGCGGAAAAAACGCCACUGCUCAAUCCAAAGAAAACAUAACAACGCGCCGAAUGGGUGUGAACACAGAUCCGGCUGGAACAUGACGCCGUUGUCUUUUAGAUUAUAAGCACCUCUCUUAUUAAAAUUAUGACUUUUCAUUUGUAGUGGAGCAACAAAUUUCUUUGGCUCGUAGAUCACCUUUGAUUAGGAACGUGUUUAAUUUUUUUUUUUUGUUUGCCUCUGUAAAUACCGAGUAAGGAAUCGACAAACUCAUAUUUAACCAAUUUCAUUGACCAUUGUCGUGUUUUUAUUGACAAAAACGUUAAUUAUUAAGUAGGCAGUGCAGGUGGAGAUAACAAAUUUUUAUUGACUAAGAUAUUUAGAUUGUAUUGAGCCAUUCACACAUAUUCAAGUGGAACAAAUUGAUGGGAAUGUUUUCUUUUUCUAAGCAAAUAGCAAACCAUAUUGAGCUAUUCGGAACACUUGUUCGAAGUGGCCACAGACAAACGUUGAAUUUAUCAAUAUUUUAUCGGUCUGUGACGCUUUCGUUUCUCUGUAAUUAUUUCAAUGUUCUGAACUAUUCUCAUUUGUUCAAUGAAUCGACAAAGAAACAUAAUAAAUUCGUUUUUUUUACUGUGAAUA